UUUCUAGUUACUCCAUUGUAAUUCACGAGCUGUGUGAGCUCCUUGGGUUGGAGGACAUUUAAAGCAUUCACUAUGCAGAUACUGAAGGAAACUCCUUUGAACUUCUGCCAGCCUGCUAUUUAUUUUUGAGUGAUUCCAAAUCCUCGUAUAACAUCUUUCUAUUACUUCUCCCACUUUCUUUCUAUGGAAAAGUGUCGGUUUGGCUACAACUUAGACAAGAGUUAAAGCCAUUCCAAAACCAAUGUUGCAGAAGUUGCCAAGUGAGGUGUACAAGAUGACCAUCUUUUGGUUUCUGGUUUUCUCUGCACAUCUUGCUACAGCAUCCUCUGUUGUGGAAGUUCAAGAUAAGGAUCCAAGGCAGAAGAAAGAGGGCAUGCAGCUUAAAUUGUACCAUGUGAAAGGUCUUGAAUCCUCUCUAUCCACAUCACCAUUUUCAUUCUCUGACAUGAUCAAAAAGGACGAGGAGAGGGUCAGAUCUCUUCAAUCCAUACUAGCAAACAAGGAGGGUGUCAGCAAUUCUGUCACCACUGCCUCUUCUGAUAAACUAAAGGGACCUAACCUUCUGACCACACCACUGAAAUCAGGUUUAUCAAUUGGUUCAGGCAAUUACUAUGUGAAAAUAGGACUUGGGACCCCUGCUAAGUAUUUUAGCAUGAUUGUUGACACUGGUAGCUCACUCUCCUGGCUCCAGUGCCAGCCUUGUCUUAUUUACUGUCAUGAGCAAGUUGACCCUAUUUUCACCCCUUCCACCUCCAAGACCUACAAAAGAAUUCCAUGUUCAUCCCCUCAGUGUUCCUCUCUCAAGGCCUCCACACUGAAUGCUCCAAGUUGCUCAAAUGCAACUGGAGCUUGUGUGUACAAAGCAAGCUAUGGUGACAAUUCUUUCUCAAAUGGCUAUUUGAGUCAAGAUUUUCUAACCUUAUCCCCAUCAGAGGGAUCAUCAGCUUUUGUAUAUGGCUGUGGUCAGGACAAUCAAGGGUUGUUUGGAAGGGCUGCUGGUAUUAUAGGUCUAGCCAAUGACAAGCUCUCCAUGCUUGCACAAUUGUCAAAAAAAUAUGGCAAUGCUUUCUCCUAUUGCCUUCCCACAUCUUUUUCUCAACCUAACUCUUCCCUAUCAGGUUCGUUGUCCAUUGGAACCUCAUCAUUGACAUCAUUACCGUACAAGUUCACUCCCUUGUUGAAGAAUCCAAAGAUUCCAAGCCUAUACUUUCUUGGUUUGACAACCAUUACUGUGGCUGGAAAGCCAAUAGAAGUUUCUGCCUCAAGCUACAAUGUGCCUACUAUUAUAGACUCUGGCACAGUAAUUACAAGGCUACCUGAAGCUAUUUACAAUGCAUUGCAAGAAUCUUUUGUGAAGAUCAUGUCCAAAAAGUAUGCACAAGCCCCAGGGUUUUCCAUAUUGGAUACUUGCUUCAGGGGGAGUGUUAAAGGAAUGGCAAGAGUGCCUGAGAUUCAAUUGGUUUUUCGUGGGGGUGCUGGUUUAGCACUUCAAGCUCAUAACUCCCUUAUAGAAAUUGAGAAGGGUCUUACUUGUUUGGCCCUUGCUCCUACCGCAAACCCCAUUUCCAUUAUUGGAAAUUACCAACAACAGACAUUUAAGGUAGCUUAUGAUGUUGCCAAUUCCAAGAUUGGAUUUGCAGCUGGUGGCUGCAAGUGAUCACAAAGCUAGCUAGCAAAGGGUGCAAUUUGUCAGCGCUGUCUGCAAAUAUUUGCUUCAAUAAAGGUUAAUGAACUCUAAUGAGGCAUGUGCUGUGUAUCUUAGUGAAAAAAAAUAAAUAAGAGAAAUGAAAAUUAAAUGCUCAUAUGAAAAUUGCAGUUGUGUUAGAUUGAGUGGAAAUAGUACUUUGAAUAUAUAUAUUUUGCAGCUU